AUGGCACUUUCAGCGAUGAAUGUUAUGAUUAAGCGAUCCGCCACGACCGGAUUACAAAUGUUGAGGCCACAAGCCAUAGCUGCAGUUGGUUCCACAUUGGGCAGCGACAAGCAGCAAAAGCGUGGCGCAGCGAAAUGGUAUCCUGACCCUGAGUUUAUGAAGCAAUUUAGCGGUCCUGUUAUGUACCCAGAUGAGUCCACCGCGCUAAUGAAGCUACCACCAUGGAAUAGUAAAAUUAUGCCAGUGGAAAAGUCGGUACGCAAUCUGACAAUUAAUUUUGGUCCACAGCAUCCAGCUGCUCACGGUGUCUUGCGUUUAGUGCUGGAAUUGGAUGGUGAGACUGUCAUGCGCGCUGAUCCGCACAUUGGAUUGUUACAUCGUGGUACAGAAAAGUUGAUUGAAUAUAAAACGUAUACGCAAGCGUUGCCCUAUUUCGAUCGUCUGGAUUACGUAUCCAUGAUGUGUAAUGAGCAAUGUUAUUCACUGGCAAUUGAAAAAUUGCUCAACAUCGAAGUGCCAUUGCGCGCUAAGUAUAUUCGCACCUUAUUUGCCGAAAUUACACGUAUCCUUAAUCAUAUUAUGGCCGUGGGCACACAUGCUUUGGAUGUGGGUGCACUGACACCUUUCUUCUGGCUCUUCGAAGAGCGUGAAAAAAUGAUGGAAUUCUACGAACGUGUUUCCGGCGCACGUAUGCACGCAGCGUAUAUACGUCCUGGUGGCGUUUCAUUGGAUAUGCCGCUUGGCCUGAUGGAUGAUAUAUACGAAUUUGCCUCGAAAUUUGCCGAACGUUUGGACGAGGUAGAGGAUGUGCUCACUACUAAUCGUAUUUGGGUACAACGUACAGCCGAUAUUGGUAUUGUUUCAGCUGAAGAUGCUUUAAAUUAUGGCUUCAGUGGCGUUAUGUUACGCGGUUCAGGCAUUAAAUGGGACUUGCGCAAGCAGCAACCAUAUGACGCUUACGAACUGGUUGAUUUUGAUGUACCAAUCGGCACCAAGGGAGAUUGUUAUGAUCGUUAUUUGUGCCGUGUUGAGGAAAUGCGUCAAUCAUUGAGAAUUAUUGAUCAGUGUUUGAAUCAAAUGCCUGCUGGUGAAGUUAAGACCGAUGAUGCUAAAAUAACACCACCAUCCCGUGCUGAAAUGAAGAACUCUAUGGAGGCGCUCAUUCAUCAUUUCAAACUCUUCACUCAAGGCUAUCAAGUACCGCCUGGUGCCACCUAUACCGCUAUUGAGGCGCCAAAGGGUGAAUUCGGUGUUUACUUGGUAUCGGAUGGUUCAAGUCGCCCGUAUCGUUGCAAGAUCAAGGCACCAGGCUUUGCACAUUUGGCAGCGCUCGAUAAGAUUGGCAAACAACAUAUGUUGGCCGACAUCGUAGCGAUCAUCGGUACACUCGAUGUGGUGUUCGGUGAGAUCGAUCGAUAGGCUUGAAUGCGUAUAGACGAGAUCAAACCCAAUAGUUAAUAUCAAUAAAUAAAUAAAGUGUAAAACGUGUGUAAUAAACAGAGUUUAUUCAAACCAAAGGGCUCUUUGGUGGUAA